AUGAAUGAUAGUAAAGAAGCAAUGAGUGGUAGUGAUCAAAUGCCACCAUGUGAAAAAUCUAAUGAUAUAAAAAAUAAAAUCGAUUCAAAUAGUAUUUAUUCAGUAUUACAUAAUGUCAUAGUUGAAGGUAAAGACGAAGAAAACCGAGUCGAUGACUCCAAUGUUAAACUUACACCAUAUCCAACACUUGUUCAAUUAAAAUCAUCGAUUGAUGAUGAAAACAAUGAUACAUCUAGUAUCAUUGAACCACCAUCAAUUCAACCCUUAGAAAAUUUCAUUAAAAAACGUACCAUUACAAUAGAAGGAUUGAAACAACUACGUAUUCGAAUGGCUAAACAUGUGAAAAAUUGCAAAAUUUCAAAUAGUGUUGGUAAUUCGGCUGCAAUUAUUGGUGGAAUUUUAUGUUUUGUUUUUCCACCUGUUGGCGUACCUGUUCUUCUUGCUGGCAGUGCUACAAGUCUUGGUACAAGUAUUACAGAAAAUGUUAUAGAAAAACGUCUUCGAACAGAAUAUACAGAACUAUUAAAAGAAGAUUCAUUAGCAAUGAAAGUAUGUGAAUCCAAUUUAAAAGACAUAACAGCAUGGCUUGUCACUGUUUAUUCACUUGGAUAUUCAGUAUCAAAAGCUGGAGUCAAUUUUUUAAAACUUUCUGAAGCUAUUCAAGCAGCUUCAACCUUAGGAACAUGGAGUGAAUUAAUUGGACAAUUACCAUCGUUAGCAAAUGCUCUUGCAACAGGUGCUAAAACUGCUGGAACUAUAAGUGGAAAAAUUCUUGGUAUUUCAGUUAUUAUUUCUGUUGCUGAUCUUAUUCAAACUUGGAUAUCAACAAAUGCUACAUUAUCAUCUAUUGAUAAAGAUAUUGGAUCACUUGAACAGCAAUUAAUGGAAUUGAAACGUAUUGUGCAUAUUUAUCAUGGAUAA